CGUGACUCUGCAUCACAGCAGAUGAUAUCAGCGACGUCAGAGCUGCAGCGUCUCCGUCUCUUUUCUUCUUCUCUGUAUCUGGAGCAUCGUCGUCUUAAAACGUCCACAGGAAGGACGGACACCAGAGGACAGACACCAAGCUCUCUCACAGCUCUCCCUCCGUCCAUCCAUCGGCCGGGAUCAUGGACGGGCUGCGGCUGCCCCCCGUCCCGGAGGAGGUCCCAGAGGAGGUCCCGGAGGAGGUCCCAGAGGAGGUCCCGGAGGAGGUCCUGGAGGAGGUCCUGGAGGAGGUCCUGGAUCCGUCCGACGAGCGGCCCGAGAUGAAGACCAUCACGUUGGCAGGAACUCUGCCGGCCGAAGAGACGGAGGAAGAGGAGGAAGAGGAAGAGGAAGAGGAGUACCUGAGAGCCCAGGUGCUGCAGCUGCUGCUCCAGCUGGACGAGACCAGAGAGGUUUCCCAAAGACACGAAGACGGUCUCCUGGAGACGCAGGGUCUGCUGGAGGACGAGCGGCUGGCGAGCGCCCACCAGGCCGAGACCUUCACCAGACAGAUCCAGGGUCUGCAAGCGGCGCUGCGGGCGCUGCAGGAGGACAUGGGCGCGCUGCAGGAGGAGAAGGACCGCGAGCUGCAGGAGGUGCACGAGGACCUGCAGGAGGCCCAGGAGGAGGUUCUGCUGCUGCAGGCGGCGGCCGAGGAGGCGGCGGCCGAGCGGGAGGACCACAUCGCCGCGCUGCAGGAGGAGCUGCAGCGUCUCCACGUCGCGCUGCAGCGUCUCCACGGCACCACGCCGGAGGUCGCGCUGCAGCGUCUCCACGGCACCACGCCGGAGGUCGCGCUGCAGCAUCUCCACGGCACCACGCCGGAGGUCGCGCUGCAGCAUCUCCACGGCACCACGCCGGAGGUCGCGCUGCAGCGUCUCCACGGCACCACGCCGGAGGUCGCGCUGCAGCAUCUCCACGGCGCCACGCCGGAGGUCGCGCUGCAGCGUCUCCACGGCACCACGCCGGAGGACACGCUGCAGCGUCUACAGGACGAGCUGGACUCCAGCACGCUGAGAGACGAGGACAGCGAGGAGAGACACAAGACAGACGCGUCUGACAGGUGUGGCGACGCGUACCUGGCGGUCCCAGACCUGGUGGUCCCAGACCCCCGGCGUCAGCAGGACUCUUACAUCACUCUGUCUAAGUCCGGAGACGGGGGACGCCGGGCCCGACCCUCGGAGGACCGCGACCCCCCCACGCCCCGACCCUCGGAGGACCACGAUCUGAAGGUCCAGCUGAGACGGGCCGAGGAGACGGCUCACAGAGUCCAGAUGGAGUGUGACGGGCUGAGGGGGGAGCUGGCCGACCUGCAGCGGCGGUACGACGGCGCCCAGCGGGAGGGGGCGGGGCUCCAACAGGAGCUGCAGCGCUGCAAGGCCCAGCUACAGGAAGUGGUGGGCAGGAAGCCGCAGAGCGACGCUGACGGCUGGAAUCUGGCGGUGGCGGUUGUUGCCGUGGCAGCCAUUGUAGUUCUGGUCGUCCCCAGUUUGACCCGGGCCUGAGGACUACACAGGAAGGGUGACAUCACUCUGGGAUUGCGCCCCCCCCCCCCCCCCCCCCCCCCCUUCCA